AUGAGGCAAGCAUUAAAUUUCAGCACAAAAAAUGCUUCAUCAAACACAAAAUCAAAUUUUAGCACACAAAAUGCUUCAUCAACCACAACGUCAAAUUUCAGACCACCAAAUACUUCAACUACAACAUCAAAUUUCAGCACACAAAAUGCUUCAUCAACCACAACAUCAAAUUUCAGAACACAAAAUACUUCAUCGACCACAAAUUCAAUUUUCAACACAAUAACCACUACAGUAACUAGAGCAUCAAAUUUUAGCACACAAAAUGCUUCAACAACCACAAAAUCCUCCAUAGGUUCUACUGUUAGACCAACAGGUCUGAAUUCUACCACAACCACCUACCCAACAAGCCCAGAAUUUUACAGUUUCCGGCUUGUGGGCGGCAUCGAUAGGUGUGCUGGACGUGUGGAGAUUUAUUACCAGAAUUCUUGGGGCACAGUUUGUGAUGAUCUAUGGAACAUUAAUGAUGCAACUGUCGUAUGCAGACAGUUGGGCUGUGGAUCUGCUGUAGCAGCUGUCGGCAAUGCAUAUUUUGGACAAGGCUCUGGGCGUAUCUUAAUGGAUAAUGUCAAUUGCAGUGGAACAGAACAAUAUUUAUGGCAGUGUCCUUAUAAUGGUUGGGGCAUUCAUGAUUGUACAUCAGUAGAAGAUGCUGGUGUUAUCUGCUCAGAAUCCUCCAUAGGUUCUACUGUUAGACCAACAGUUGCAUAUAAUUAUACAACCUGGAACUCAGCAAUUGGCUCUACACCAUCAUCAUGUGGAGGACUCUUGCAACAAUAUUAUGGGUUUAUUAAUACACCGAUGUACCCCAACACUUAUCCUCCUCAUUCUCACUGUGUGUGGGACAUUCGGACAUAUUUAGGUUUUUAUAUUGAAUUGCGAUUCCUGAAUUUUAAUUUGGAACCUUCACCCAACUGUAUUAACGACUGGGUGAUAAUAUAUGACGGGCUUCCUGGGUAUUCUCCUCAGUUAGGAAAGAUCUGCAGCCAUGGAAAUUACACUUUCACUUCAUCCUCUAACAUCAUUGGAGUUGAGUUUAGGAGUGAUUCAAUCAUUCACCACAGUGGCUUCCUUGCAGAAUUCUCCUCAUUUUACCGACACAGCUGGCCAGACUUUCCAACAAAUGUGACAGAUGGCCCAGACUUUGCACCAAAUGCAACAGCUGCCCCAGGUUAUCCUAACUCCACAUAUCCAUGGGUAACUGGGGCACCAUCAUAUAGUUGUGGAGGGGUCUUAACAGAUAGAUCAGGAGUUAUUUCCAGUCCAAAUUUUCCUCAACUCUAUCCAAAUAGUGCAUUCUGUAGCUGGGAAAUCCGGGUUCCUCCUAACAAACAAGUGGAGUUAACAUUCCUACAUAUAGACUUGGAGAUUGCACCAAAUUGUAUGUAUGACUCUGUGACCAUAUACGAUGGGAUCCCGCUGAGCUCACAGACAAUGAGAAAAAUCUGUAUACCAGUCAAUGAAACGUUUACCUCUUCUGCUAACGUCGUGGGAAUUGUAUUCACAAGCGAUAUCAGUGUUCAGCGUUCUGGUUUCCAGGUUGCAUACACAUCUGUAGACAGAAACAUGCAAGAAGUUAACUGUGGAGGGAUUCUGACUAAUUACUGGGGAACCAUUGAAAGUCCAUUUUACCCAUAUUCACACAGACGUGCACAUUGUUCUUGGCAUAUACAAGUUGGCAGCGAUCAUGUAAUCCAACUCUAUUUUACUGAUUCAGCACUUGGAAAUUGUGAGAUGGGAUAUGUAUCUGUGUAUGAUGGAACACCAUAUAAUUCUCCAUUACUUGGCAGUUUUUGUGGCUCAACUACACAGUCCUUCCUUUCUUCAUCCAACAGUCUGAGUGUAAUCUACAUCAGCAGUGGAAGUAACAAUAGUUUUGUAAGAGGAUUCCAUGCUUAUUAUUAUGCUCAAUAUCAGAGCAGCCAAAAUGUGACGCUCUCAUGUUCAACAGACUGCAUGAUAGCUCGUAUCUCAGUUUCAUACCUUCAGUCAAUUGGUUAUUCACCUUAUGAGCUAUCAUUGAAUGACCCUCAAUGUCGUCCUCAAAACCAUGGAGAUUGGGUUGUUUUCCAGAUCUUUUAUAACCAGUGUGGCACUAUGACACAGGGGGGAGGAGAUACAAUUAACUAUCUAAACACUGUGCAUGGAUUCCAUUUUGGCCAAGUAAUUCAAAGAAGUAAAAAGCUCCAAUUGAACCUGCAAUGCUUGCUGUAUCAGAAUACCAUGGUGGAAAUUAUGUAUCAAGCUGAUGAUACCCUGCAGAGGAAUGUGAACCAAUAUGGCCUCUACUCUGCCAGCCUGUCCUUAUACUCAUUACCAGAUUACUACUACCCAGUAUAUCAGUGGCCAUAUUAUGCACGGCUUAAUCAGAACUUGUAUUUCCAGGCAACUUUGCACAACUCUGACCCUGGCCUCACUUUAUUUGUUGACACUUGUGUGGCAUCACCUAACCAAACGGAUUUUGUCAGCCAGACUUAUGACCUAAUUCGCAAUGGAUGUAUUAAAGAUUCUACAUAUGCAGUCUACCCAAAGCCCUCUUCCAAUAUUGUCCGCUUUGGAUUCAGUGCCUUUGGGUUUGCUAGCCGUUAUUCUUCAGUUUAUCUACAAUGUAAAUUGACUGUGUGCCAAACAUAUGAUUAUAACUCCCGUUGUACUCGUGGCUGCAUUACCAGAAGGAGGAGGACUGCAGAGGCUUCCCAUGGGUCAAGUGAAAUAACAAUUGGGCCAAUUGAACUACGCGGAGACUAAAAUUUGGAUUUAAGACAAAGCUUUUUUGCUCUAAAACCGAAUAUACAAUUACAGUGUACAUUUUAUUUUAAAUGAAUAGUAAUCUUCAAUGCCUACAGAAAUUUAAAUAUGAUUUUACUGUUUAAGAGAAAUCUGGUUAAUGAUUUUUACUGACCGCUGAUUGGUGUACAUUUUCAGAAAGGAGGGACUACAAUGAAAUUCGCCUGGAGAAACUGAAUAUUGCAGAAAUGUAUUUGAAAAAUGCUGGUACAAAAAAGAAUUUGAUUAUUUUUAAAUGUUCUGCUAAUUUUGGUUACAUUUCUUCCAUAAAUUUUACUUCACCUAUACUUUUAUUUUUGUCUUUGGAAUGUAACAAAUACAUAUUCAUUGAGUUGCAUAAAAUGGUUUCACUUUUUUUGGAAUAUUUUUUUUCAAGUAAUUCCUUUUAAGACAAUAAUGCCUUGUAUUGGAAAAGAGUGUCUUCUGGCCAGCUUAUUUAAAAACUGUUACUGUAAGCCUCUGUGAAUGAGAAACUGUAUUUUCAAAAAAAUCAUCAUCAUCACUCUACUCUAACAUUUUCUUUUCAUAGGAGGUGGUACAAACAACUAGGUCAGUUAAAAAAAACUUUAUUUAUUCUGGGGGUUUUCAUUCCACUGAAGUGAGAAAAAUGAAGAUUUAAAAAGCGACAUAAAUUAUGGAAGAUGCUUGGGUGAGUUGAAAACUCAAAUCCAAGUAAUUUCCCAGACCAACAGUUCCUGAACUAUACCCAAAAUCUCACCACUUACUCCAAAAUUACAUGAAAUCAACACAACAAAUGGAAAACUUAAAAUUGUCAUGAUCUCAAUUUUAUUUAUUUGACACAGAGUUGAUGCAAUUCAAUUGAUUUUUAUGUGGCAUUAGAAACUUGUUAUUAUUUCCAGUUUAAUUAUUUUUGUCUUUAGGACCAUUCCAAGAAUAUUCAGAACAGUAAAUGAGCCUUUUUACAUAGUACAGAUAAGACUAAUUUGCAUUGAAUAAAGGUGCCAGUCUUAUCACAAAACUAGAAAUGUUGAUUCUUGCAUCACACAUCGAUUUUGAACAAUGUCAUAUUGGAGAGUUCCUUUUGUCUCAUUUAUGCUGGGAAGUGAAUAAAUGUUCACUAGGGCACCUUCAGCAAAAAAGCUGGAUACAUUGUUAUCAAAGUAAACUGA